CAAUUUGUGCUUCUAUUUUAUAAAUUAUGACAUUAAGUAGUAGAAUUUACUACGGUCGCAUGUUACACAAGAUUACGAGCUUAUUUACUCUCUGAUCAAUUACGAGUUUAUCAUUUCGUAAUCGUUGAAUCCCGUAGAUUAGCUAGCUGUUGAUGUUGCUAUCGUUUUAAUUAAAACUAUCUAAUGGUUCAAGCAGAUACCGGGGAACGUUUUAUAUUUUAUAAAUUUUUUAUGAAAAAACGUGUGCUAUCUAAUAAACUCGCUAGUCGUUGUACCACUAGCCGACUAAUUGAAAUUCUUAACGAUUAAGGGUUAAGUGUAUUAGACCGUCGGUCUAACUCGACGGUCAGGUAUUUCGUCAUUUAUGGUCUCAGGCUGUCAAGUAUUAUGCGUUCGCCGGCGCUCACAGCGAUGAAUAAUGAAUGACAGGCAACGGUCAAGCGUUAGAAGCAGUUCGUGUGUACCUGUUAGAAAAUGAAAGUUAAGAAAGUUCGCGGAUGCGUCUGGCGAACGCGGAAACGAGCUGGAGCUGCAAAAAAUGGAUCCGUACCGGCUGGUUCCGUUGAUCUCGUUGUUGAGUAAACGCCAUCCUUAUUGUUGCCGUUACAGAAACGUUACGUGAUGCGAAUCAUCGUUGACUCGAUUCAGGGAAUAUGCAAAAGAAAGUACCCAAUGAUUUCGGAAGUUCUUUUGCUGUUGCAUUUAUACUAAUAAGUCUAUUUUACAUUAAAAAUAAUCUGUACGGUCCAAAAAGGUUUAACACCGUAUAUUCUCUUAAAGUCAUUUUCAAAAUGUAUUUUCAUUGAAAAUCGUUUCAAUAUUUACAUCAUUAAUUGCAUAGUGAUAAAACAGACAAUGGAAGAGUUCUACGUGUGUGACUGAAAGAACGAUAAUAAAUUUUGUAUUAUACAUAUAAAUAUAUAUAGCUGAUGCUUCUAUCUACACAUUUUACAAUUGCGCAAAAGUAGCAUUAGUAUUCCCUGGUCCAACCAUGGACAACGCUUCCGUCAGGAUGUAAAAAAUAACGAAACUGUCACGUUGCGUCGCCUAGUCGCAUAACUCGACUACUAUGGAGGCACGUCACGAAUUGGACGCAUCGCUAUUCUUAUUAAUUUGAAUGUUCACGUAGGUAGGCAAUUUUCACCUGUAGCAGCUCGGCUAUCUGAACGAUCUCGAAGACGAUAUCGAUGCGACAAUGCUAACGAAGCAACGUUCUAACACACGUAUCGGAGCGAGAAAUGAUAGGUCUCAUUAUCUUAUGCACCUAACAGCGUGAAACGUGUGGGCCUAAACGGAUGGAUAGACGUGUUCGGGUUUAAGGUGUAACGAAAGAAAAGCGGUCACCACCGCUAUUUGGCCAUCGCCCAGGAUUGGAAGCAGCGAAAGUCCAUUGAGCGCGAGCAAGACAAUGACGAUAGUUCUUCCUACCGAUGAUGUAUCACCGACGUGGAUGCCCUAUAAAUACUUAUGGGGGUCACCGAUAGCGAACUAACUCAGUUUUUCUUCGGCAACGCAGCUGUCAGGGAACCUCCCUCGGUCUAAGCAUGAAAUUUAUUUUGGUUUUAUCGUUAAUCUUGGCAGUCAGUGCAGCGAUCACUGUUGACAAGAAGGAGAACAAAUCAACGGUGAAGAAACAUGACAAAAGAGGACUUAUAAAUUUGGGAUACGGUUUACCACCGGAGAAUCUGUACGGUCAUCCUGAACCAGCGCCUGUCUACGAGGAACACGUUCCGGAUCUAGGUGGACAUCUAGAAUCCGCGGUACCUCCAGUAGCUCCUCCGCCACCGCCGGCUAUCCACCCAGCUCCUGGUGUUCCAGUGGCGGUACCUCAGCCAGUCCCACAUCCGGUUCCGGUACCACUGCCUCAGCCAGUUCCGCAUCCGUUUCCAGUCGCAGUUCCCGUGACGAAGCACGUGCCAGUGCCGGUGCCAGUCGAUCGACCUGUUCCAGUACACGUGGAUCGUCCCGUUCCGGUCCCGUUCGCGGUCCCAGUUCCGAAACCGUACCCAGUUCACGUCGAGAAGAUAGUGCACGUCGACAGACCAGUCCCGGUGCCGGUCGAGAAGCACAUCCACGUUCCAGUGGACCGACCCGUCGCUGUUCCGGUUCCGGUACCAAAACCGUACCCGGUUCCUUACGAGAAGGUGGUCCACGUGGACAGACCCUAUCCUGUCCACGUCGCGGUACCGUAUCACGUUCCCAAACCUUAUCCCGUCCCAGUCGCCGUCCAUGCUCACAAGUCUCACGGAUGGUUUAAGUAAACUCUGAUUAGGAACACAAUUUAAACGUUCGAUUUUAGCACAAGAGCUACUGAGAAUUAAGCUGCUUUUGUACGGUUGAGAAAUUAUAAAAUUCCAAUUGAAAACCUGUUACAAGAGAAUAUGGAAAAUGUAAGAAUUGGAGUAAUUUUUUAUUGAAAGUUACAAACCAGUUGUUUUGGUAGUUCUUGCGUUAGAAACGUUAAGUUUUUGUUAGUUCAUGUACUUAAUGUAGAUAAUUUUAGGAGUUCUGGUCCGUUUUAAGGAUACGUUGUUACUAGUCGAUCACUAAUAGUAGUUCUCCUAGAUAAGAAUGUUACAGAAUUGAGCACAGAUAUUGCCAAGAAAAUGAUUGUGAAUCUUGAAUAUUUUGUAUACUGACA